AUGUUGGCGCAGACCGAACACUCCUGUCGCAGAAUCUUGUGUUACCUCAAAGAAAAACCCCAUUGGGUGGAAAGGCCCGGAACUGCAACAUCAAAGCUCAUUGGUUCAACGUGCGUCAGCGUACGUCCUCCUCUCCGGAAGGGAUCAACAGAAGUCAACAUGGGCACUCGUGUGAAGGUCUUGAGGGUAUUUAAAGCAUUGCACAGAACAAGACAAGAAGUGUUCAAAGAUGACCAUUCAGCCUUAACAGCUGCCAGAUUAAAAAUCAAUGAAGAAUUUCGCAAAAACAAAAAUGAAACUUCAGAGGAGAACAUUCAAAAGAUGAUUAAAAUGGGUUCAGAUGUGGAAAUUGUUCUGAGAGAUGCUGUUAUCCAGAUGGAACAUGUAUCAAAUGACACACUUAUGCUUCGCCCAAGAGAAAGUCUUUUAUUAGAAAAUGUUCCUUAUUGUGACCAGCCCCGGAAAAAAUCUUGAUGGAAUGAAAUAUUAAUGUAUAGAAUAAUGAUCUUCUCAUAAGUUGCAACUCAUACAAUACACCUCUUCAUUUUGUUAUGAGAUGGAAACAAGCAGGUGACACAGCAAGCCAAGUUACAGGUCAGAUCUGUGAAAAUGUGACCCUAUUCACUGAAAGAUUACUGCCAUACAGUGGAAGAUUCCCACUAGAAAGGUAAUGUAGUGCACUUUUAAUACCCAACAUGGAGAAUCUUCUUUCAUUUCACAAUCCAUGUUUUCCUGUUGUCUUUGCUUUGACAUCUCUACAAUUUCUAACCCUAUAAAAAUACAAAUAUUCCAUAUAUUGAAAGACUGCCGAUGCCCAAGCCAUCUCAUCUGGCUCCUCUCGAUGUGGAGAAACAACUCUGCUCCAAGCUCUGAGCUUUCCUGUGGAGGAAACUAAUUUCUAUCACUUGUAUACCUGAUCUUGUCCUUUCAGUCAUUACCCAAACUCAUGACCAUAGAUGAGAGUUGGAAUGUAUAUUGACCACUAAAUCAAGAGCUUUGCUUUUCAACUCAGCUCCUUCAUCACAACAUACAGUCUGAUCCAGCGACUGCAUCACUGCAGACGACAGUGUCACACUCUAGUAGGUUGUCAACAGCAGUUUUCAUAUUUUGGAAUAUUUUCUCAUAUAUGUUAUUGUCCACUAGAGUGCAACUCCUCCACCUGCGUUCAGCCUAUUUCAGACAUCACAUAUUUCAUAUUACUGUAAAAUAUAAAUUAAUAUUUUUGAUUAAAGGCAGGUGAAUUCACCAGUAGCCACCUGAAAAAUGUUCCUUCAAUAAAUAAUAAUAAAUGCAUAAAAAUAAAUAA